UUGAUAAGUCCUGGGUGUAGCAGCACCUCGAGAGUGUCGAUAUUUGAGUCUGAAGCCAUCUUUUUUUGGAGCUUGGUGCAUAUAGUUUCAGGAAGAUGAUCACCUCCGAGGAAAAUGAAAAGUCGGCCCUUGGCCAUGAACUUGCAGUCGCAGUCACUAACGUCAUGAUGCAAACAAACAAUAAUUUAAACAUCAAUGACCAUUGACAUGAAGUUUUUGUCCUCUUCUCCUUCUGCUACAAAACAAACUCAACUCUUUCAGGUAUUCCAAUCUCCAAGGCAACAUAGUCUAAAAUAGACAAUGUCAGAGUCAGCACUCAAGGAUAGGCCUGAGUUCGACUUGGAUAACCAGGGAGAACAAAAGUAUUGUUCUUUUCUGAGAAGUCUUCCUGACCGUCAGGAAAACUGUAUCCGCCUUUUUGAGAGAAGCUCAGGAGAUUUUUAUAGCGUGCACGGAGAGGACGCCUAUUUUGUUGCUCAACAUGUUUACAAGACAACUUCAGUUAUUAAAUACCUUGGAGGCGAUGUUACAACUGGCGUGCCUAGUUGCACUUUGUCGAGGACGACCUGCGAAACAUUCUUGAGAGAUGCAUUACUGAAUCAACAAAUGAGAGUUGAGAUUUGGGCUGCAGAACCCCGCAAACAGAAUGUUUGGGGCAUCAUCAAAAGGGCCUCGCCCGGGAAUAUGCAAGACAUGGAAGAUCUUUUGUUUGUACACACAGAUAUGGCUGCAUCUCCGAUUGUCAUGGCCGUGAAAGCACAUAUUGGAGGCGAUCAUAGAACUGUGGGUGUAUGCUUCGCUGAUGCUACUGUACGGGAACUUGGCAUUGCAGAGUUCAUUGACAACGACCUUUAUUCUAACUUCGAAUCACUUGUGAUUCAGCUUGGAGUAAAAGAAUGCUUAAUUCAGGCUGAUGAAGGCCAAAAAGAUUAUGAGCUUGCGAAACUGCGUGCCAUCCUCCAGCACUGCGACGUUGUUAUAACAGAACGUAAAAAGUCUGAGUUUUCUGUCAAGGAUGUGGAGCAGGAUUUUAACCGCCUGCUAGAAGAGGAGAUUUCAAUUGCCGCGUUGCCAGAGUUUGAACUUAAAAACGCAAUGGCUGCUUCUGCCUGUGUCAUCAAGUAUUUGGCAUUGUUGACAGAUGAAACAAACUUUGGACAGUACACACUACGGAGCCAUGAUUUGUCGCAAUAUAUGAAGCUGGAUGCAUCAGCUGUUCGAGCGCUCAACCUUAUGCCUGGGCCACAAGAUGGAGCUAACAAGUCGAUGAGCCUCUAUGGGCUACUCAAUAAAUGCAAAACUGCCCAAGGUGGACGUAUGCUUGGACAAUGGCUCAAGCAACCGCUGUUAGAUGUUGCUACAAUCGAACGGAGACAGACGAUGGUGGAGGCGUUUGCUUUAGAUGCGGAGUUGAGGCAGAGCCUUCAAGAGACUCAUUUAAAAAUGAUCCCUGACUUACAUCGCCUGGCAAAACGGUUUCAACGUGGUGUUGCAUCAUUACAAGAUGUUGUCAGAGUCUAUCAGGUUGUUGUUCGUCUUCCUGGACUGGUCAGCGCCUUAGCGUCUUGCGAAACUGGGUCGCUUGAACAUAAGGAGAUUCUGGAGAGUGAAUUUACUGCAUACUUCCAAGAGUAUUCUAACAAUUUACAGAGGCUGCAGGACUUAGUCGAGACCACAAUUGAUCUGGAUGCUGUUGACAGGCAUGAAUAUUUGAUCAAGGCCGAAUUUGAUCAAAGCCUGAAAGCGCUUCGAGCUAAAAUGGAGACAGUUAAGGAUAACAUGGAGAAAGAGCAAAUGCGUGUCUCAGAUGACUUGAACAUGGAAAUGGACAAGAAGCUGAAAAUGGAGGACCAUCAAGUCCACGGAUGGAGUUUUCGUCUUUCUCGUAACGACUCAUCGUGUCUACGAAACAAGAGCAGCUAUAUUGAGUUGGCCACUCAAAAGAAUGGUGUUUUGUUCACGACAACAAAAAUGCGCACUGCCUCACAAUCAUUCAGAGAGGCUUCACAGGAGUACGAGCAAACACAGAGUUCAUUAGCAAAAGAGGUUAUCGGAAUCGUUUCCACAUAUUGCCCUGUCUUAGAGAAGCUAAACACUCUGGUUGCACAACUGGAUGUUCUUGUAAGUUUUGCACAUGUUUCAGUUCACGCGCCUCUACCGUUUGUCAAACCUCGCAUGUCCGCUAUGGGAACUGGAGAUGUCAUUCUGAAAGAGUCAAGGCAUCCUUGUCUUGAGGCCCAAGACGAUGUCGCUUUCAUUCCUAAUGAUGUCAGCCUAAUUCGAGGCCAAACUGAGUUUCUCAUUAUCACAGGUCCUAACAUGGGUGGUAAAUCAACCUAUAUUCGCCAGAUCGGAGUCAUUGCUCUGAUGGCUCAGACCGGUUGCUUUGUACCAUGUUCUGAAGCUACACUCUGCGUGUUUGACUGCAUUCUAGCAAGAGUUGGUGCUGGUGACAGCCAAAUGAAGGGUGUAUCUACUUUCAUGGCAGAAAUGUUGGAGACAGCUAGCAUUCUCAAGUCUGCAACCAAGAACUCGCUUAUUGUUAUUGAUGAACUUGGUCGAGGAACCAGUACAUAUGACGGCUUUGGUUUGGCCUGGGCAAUAUCUGAGCAUCUUGCGACAGAAAUCAAGUGCUUUUGUCUGUUUGCCACACACUUUCAUGAACUGACAUCUUUGGGAGAGACAGCGCCCUAUGUAGGUAACCUUCAUGUCACCGCGCAUGUCGGUGACGGCACUGAAAACAAUGGUGACAACAAGAGCCGCGAAAUCACCUUGUUGUAUAAGGUAGUAGAAGGUGUAUGCGACCAGAGUUUUGGAAUCCAUGUAGCAGAGCUGGCUCAAUUUCCAGACUCGGUUGUCCAACUGGCCAAACGCAAAGCCAUGGAACUUGAAGACUUUUCUACCCAUCAUUCAACUGUUACACCUGCAUCGUCUUCACUGUCACCGACGGCGGUGGCAGUAGAAGCAAGUUUAAAAAGCGGACAAGCAGCUGCUUUGCAUAAAAGAGCUAAAGUUGAAGAUGUCGAGCUUGCACUAUCGUCUUAUACCCAUCUCAAACCUUAACCUUGAUCUUGAACCAAAGCAGGGGUGUUUUUCCUAUUUUCUUUCACAAAAAUCUUCCCAGCCUUUCGAGGGUGAAAAAGCCAUGGACUAGGACCAGCUUAAUCGCGUUGAGUGAUUAGUUGCCUAAAAAUAAGCAGGAUAGUUCAGGGGACUUGAAAGUCCACUAUUCUACCGCAGCAUUUUAAGUUCACAUCGCGCUAUUUUUUGCACUUUUUCUUUGUCCUUGCCCCCUCAAGCAUCAGAGAGGAAGCUUUGAAUGAACCCGAGCUCAAGCAUAAUGUCGUCAUCAGCAUUCUGCACAUUAUUCAUUUGCUAUCUUUUUUUGUUUUGAUAUGUUUAGGCUGGUAUGGCUUUGAUUGAAGAAAUGAUCCAGGCCAUCACUCAAGGCAACAUCGAACCUCUUGUUCAAGAUCGUACGGCGAUGCUCCAAAGGAUCGAACAGGUUCGUGACCAA